AUGUUGUCUCAGGUGAGGGACUGCAGGCGUCGAAAGAGGGUGGCCGCGGCUGGGGUUCCUUCUUGCAGGGACAGCAAUGAUGACACUGAAGAUGUUUCAUUGUUUGAUGCAGAAGAAGAGACAACUAAUGGACCAAGAAAAUCAAAAAUCCGACAUCCAGUGGCAUCAUUUUUCCAUUUGUUCUUCCGAGUCAGUGCCGUUAUAGUCUAUCUUCUCUGUGAAUUACUCAGUAGCAGCUUUAUUGCUUGUAUGGUGACAAUUAUCUUGUUGUUGUCAUGUGACUUUUGGGCAGUAAAGAAUGUCACAGGUAGACUGAUGGUUGGCCUUCGAUGGUGGAAUCAUAUUGAUGAGGAUGGAAAGAGUCAUUGGGUGUUUGAGUCCAGAAAGGCAUCUCCUCAGGAGAGUAAAACUGUUUCAGAGGCUGAAUCAAGAAUCUUUUGGUUAGGACUGUUUGCCUGUCCAGUGCUGUGGGUGAUAUUUGCCUUUAGUGCUCUCUUCUCCUUCAGAGUAAAGUGGUUGGCUGUUGUUAUCAUGGGUGUGUUGUUACAGGGUGCCAACCUGUAUGGUUACAUCAGGUGCAAAGUGGGCAGCCGGAAGAAUUUAACCAGCAUGGCUACCUCGUAUCUUGGAAAGCAGUUUUCAAAACAAAACACCGGAGAUGAGCAGACUUCUUGAAUAAAGAGAAAGCUUAUGUAUCCUGUGAUAUUGGGAAAUGGCUGAAGAGAUUCUUGAUUAUGAACUGUUUAUAGCUCAGUCCAGUUGCAAAGAGAAUCAUUGGUUCUUUUGUUUGUUUUGUUUUUGUUUGUUUUCACUCAGAAAGUUACUAUGAAAA